UACAGUUCUAAACCAUGAGGGAACAGGCCGCAGGGAGCAGAGACAUCUGUGCCCCAGAUCCUACAGCACUGAAUACACCAGAGAGACAGGAACAGCAGGAACGACAAGAAAUCAGCAACGCCUGGACAUGAAGAAAAGAUUACAGACACUCAGCAUUUACCUCCUGUAUUUCCAGACAUGUCUGUCUCUGGCAUCCCGCGUCAGGAUAAUAGCCCAGGCUGGAGGCAGCGCCAGUCUGCCCUGUAAUGUGAUGACAGAGGGGGACAUUCUGUGGUACAAGAAUGAACGUCUGCUUGUGAGAUACCAAAAGCUUCAGAAAGAAUAUUUAUACAAGGAUAAAGAGAGUAAUCGUUAUAAUGUCCCUUCUCGCGUCACAAACGACUUGGAAGUGACUGAUGUGAAGCCCUCAGAUUCCGGCACUUUCACUUGUAACAAAGAAAAGAAUGUCAUCAUUCAAACAGUGGACCUUCUUGUCCUCACCGUAUCGGCGUACCCCUCUGCCACUCUGCUUGUAUCAGAGAACCUGAGGCUGACUAUAACUUCGUAUCCUGAGCUGCCUCUUCAGGCCACUUGGUGGAAAGAUGGUAAUUACAUUGGAAUUCAGACGAACCUGAAGAAGAGCAAUGUCCAAACAGAGGACAGUGGGAUUUACAUGUGUCAAGCUAAAAUAGGUGACAAGACUGAAAACAUCAAUACAUCGAUCAAAGUUAAAGGUUUCGCACCAUCUCCAGCCGUGGUGUACAUGUCCAGGAAGAACCCGGUAAAUAUCCCAUUUAUCUUCAAUUUCAAGGCGCGGGAAACAGCUCUGUCCGAUGACGUGAGCAUAGCAGAAGGGAAUGUCACUUACCAAUCCAAGGUGAUUAAAAAACUCACAGUAGACGCGCGGGCUGCGUGCUGGAGUAAGAAGUGCGACUCAAAGGCCCAACCCGGGAAUCCCAACGACCUCACCCUUCAUCUUUCUAAGCCUAUGAGUGGUCAUUAUAGGAUGGACAUUGUUCUAAGGAUCAAUGGUAGAGACAAGAGGCUCUCCAGAGACGUGUGCGUGGCUAAUAUCACAGUGUCCGCGUCACCCGGAAACUUCACAAUGGAGUCUAAUGUCACUCUCCGCUGUAAUGUAACCUGUAUAGACUCCGACGGAAAGCUCUGCUUACAUCAUGCAAACAUAGGACGUGAGAUCUGCGGGCAAGUGGGGAAAAGUACAUUGGCCAAGGAAAUCACAGCUAUGCCAGAGACUGUUGGGAACUGGACCUGCAGUGUACUGGUUGGAGCGGAGAGCAUGGCCAGUGCUAAUCUGAUAUUGGAGGUGCAGCCAGACUUCUUGGACCUGUCUAACUACCUGUUCUGGGUGACAGUCGGCGCCGGAGUCCUCGUGCUCCUCUUAAUUAUCGGCAUCAUUACCAUCAUGAUAGCUCGCCAUCGCAGGGUGCGGCGGGCGAGGUACAGGGCGUGGCUGUUAGAGAACUUGCACCAGCACAGAAGAUGCGAGUGUAAAGGAUUUGCACCCCAGCGGCUAAGAGACAACAUCUGACUGUACCAGCGAAACCUACUGUACAUUGCACCAUUAACUUUUCCCAUGCUGGGAACCUGCAGAACAUUGCACCAUUACCCUGUCACUUGCGGUACACCUGUAGAGCAAUGCUGCAUCCAACCUUCACCUGCUGGGAAUCUGCUGUACAUUGCUCCUAUAACCCGUCAGUUUCUGCAGAACAUUGGUGGUCAUUCCGAGUUGUUCGCUCGCAAGCUGCUUUUAGCAGCAUUGCACACGCUAAGCCGCCGCCUACUGGGAGUGAAUCUUAGCUUAUCAAAAUUGCGAACGAAAGAUUCGCAAUAUUGCGAAAAGACUUCUCUGUGCAGUUUCUGAGUAGCUCGAGACUUACUCUUCCAGUGCGAUCAGUUCAGUGGUUGUCGUUCCUGGUUUGACGCCACAAACACACCCAGCGUUCGCCCAGACACUCCUCCGUUUCUCCAGCCACUCCCGCGUUUUUCCCAGAAACGGUAGCGUUUUUUCAAACACUCCCAUAAAACGGCCAGUUUCCGCCCAGAAACACCCACUUCCUGUCAAUCACAUUCCGAUCUCCAGAACGAAGAAAAAACCUUGUAAUGCCGUGAGUAAAAUACCUAACUGCAUAGCAAAUUUACUUGGCGCAGUCGCAGUGCGAACAUUGCACAUGCGCAAAUAGCGGAAAAUCGCUGCGAUGCGAAGAAAAUUACCGAGCGAACAACUCGGAAUGACCACCAUUGCACCAUUCGGCUCUCAUUGCAAUUUCUUGUUUUCUAUAUAUAUAUAUAUAUAUAUAUAUAUAAAUAAAUGUCAUUACUGUACAAAA